AUUGAUUGCUCGCUUUGUGGACAGGCCGCUGUGGAGGAAGGUAUUGUUGUCGGUGGUGGUUGUACCCUUCUAAGGCUUGCAUCAAAAGUUGAUGCCAUUAAAGAAACCCUUGAGAAUGAUGAACAGAAGGUCGGUGCUGAAAUUGUGAGGAAAUCCUUGAGCUAUCCUCUUAAACUGAUUGCGAAAAAUGCUGGUGUCAAUGGCAGUGUGGUCACUGAGAAGGUCCUUGUGAACGACAACUUCAGGUACGGCUACAAUGCCGCUACAGGGAAUUAUGAGGAUUUGAUGGCUGCUGGUAUUAUUGAUCCCACCAAGGUUGUGAGGUGCUGCCUGGAGCAUGCCGCAUCGGUGGCGAAAACAUUCAUCACCUCGGACGCCGUCGUGGUCGACAUCAAGGAAUCUGAGAAGGCGCCUGCCGCAAACCCAAUGGCCGGUUCAGGUUAUGGGUUCUAAACCCUUGGGCAGCAUGCUGCGUUGUCGGAGGUUAUACUUUGAGCAAAGAAGCGUGGGUGCUAUUGUGUCGCGGGUCGAAGCCGGAAACUAAAUUUUUGUUGCUAUUGUGGCGAACCAAAAGUCGGAACGUGAGUCUU